CGCCCCGCUCGCAUAGCUAAUUCCUGGUUGGUUGAUUUUGUGUUUAUGUUUCAAUCUUCUUCCAUCCUCUGCUUGCGGUUUUAAUCUGCCAGCUCCGACCUCUUUCCCGGCUGACAGACUGCCUGGCUUUAGUUGUUUUAAUUUAUCUGGAAUACUAAUUUAUUUAGUUCAGAUAUGGAUGAUUUCGAUUUAUUAAACGCACUACAGGCCCCCGCAGGGAACGGCGUCGGAGACGAGGAGGACCCCGCUGCUGCUUUCCUGGCCCAACAGGAGAGCGAGAUCGCGGGGAUCGAGAACGACGAAGGUUUCAACAUCUUGGACAGCGGAGAGGUACCGUCCUCUCUCGGCAACAGCCUGACCGGUGACCUCAACCAGGGCUUAACUGAUGCCAUUGAUGGAGCAGUGAAUGGAGAUCUGCAUGAGGAGUGCAAUGGCCCAUCUGACACCUAUUCAGCGAUUUCACAGGUUGAUCGGCUACAAUCUGAGCCAGAGAGCCUUCGAAAGUGGAGAGAGCAACAGCUGGAGCGUCUGGAGCUCUUGGAUGCUAACUCCCGCAAACAGGAAGUAGAAUGGAAGGAGAAGGCUAAAGUAGAUCUGGAAGAAUGGUAUUGCAGGCAAGAUGAGCAGCUAGAGAAAACAAAAGUCAACAACAGGGUGCAAGAUGAAGCUUUCUACAAACAACCCUUCGCUGACCUGAUUGGUUAUGUCACAAACAUAAACCAUCCUUGCUACCGCCUAGAACAGGCAGCAGAGGAGGCCUUGGUGACAGACCUCGACGAGAACAGUCCAGGCACUGAAUGGGAGCAUGUGGCCCGUCUCUGUGACUUCAACCCUAAAUCCAGCAAGCAGGCAAAGGACGUGUCCCGUAUGCGUUCUAUUCUAAUCUCUCUUAAGACGUCCCCUCUGGUCCACUGAAGGGCACAAAGCAAAAAGAAACGCUGCUAUUACUACUAGCAUUGUAAUAUUUUAACUUUCAAACUCAGAAACUUGUGGUUGUAGUAUAUGAAUCCCCCUUUUAAUUAUGUUGAAAUGUCCUUUUUAUUUUUAGUUUCGGGACCAAAACUUCAUUGUGCAUUUACCAGUAUUGCUGAUUAAUGUUUGUGAUUGGAUGUUGUACGAUGUGAGCAUUGUUUUCUCCCCUGAAUGAAGUAAUUAAGAAAUGUUAAAAUAAAUAGUUGUUCCAGACCCAAGCUGUAUUCCUCAUGUGUUGCUUUUGUCUGCAUUCCAGCGUCUGUCAUGAUUGAGUAAUCUAGUAUCAUAAAAAGUUUUUGAAACACUG